AUGAAUGUUAUAAAACUACAAAGAAAGUAUCCUCAAUUCCAGCAGCAAGACAUCUUCGGCUUGCAGGAUGCAUUUCGCAAGCUAGACGUCGAUGACAAAGGAUACAUUGAUGAGGCUACGGUCAUAAAGGCUACACAAAGCUCGGAACGACAGCCAUACGAUGUCGUCCGGCAGGCACUUAAAGAGGUGGAAUUAGACAGCUCAAGAAGGGUUGAAUUAGAUGAUUAUGUCGACCUCAUCUCCAAAGUCCGCCAACCCUCCUCCGCGCAACAGCCUCAAGCCGGCCUUGCACCUUCAAAAGUUGGCCCCCCAACAGUACCAGGGCACAAGCCAACAGGUAGUCUGUCGGGCAAAAUUCAGAUGCAAGGCAAAUCAUCCAAUACAACGCACACCAUAAAUGAAGAUGAGCGAACAGAAUUUACAAGACACAUCAAUGCCGUUCUGGCGGGCGAUCCAGACAUUGGCCACAAGCUCCCAUUCCCCACCGAUACCUUCCAGAUGUUUGACGAGUGCAAAGAUGGCUUGGUACUUGCAAAACUCAUCAACGACAGCGUACCUGACACUAUCGACGAGCGAGUGCUCAAUCGGCCAGGAAAGAAGAUCAAAACGUUGAAUGCCUUUCAUAUGACUGAAAAUAACAACAUCGUCAUCAAUUCAGCGAAGGGUAUCGGAUGCUCGGUGGUCAAUAUAGGUAGCGGUGACAUUAUGGAAGUCCGGGAACAUCUCAUACUUGGCUUGAUAUGGCAGGUCAUUCGACGAGGAUUGCUGGGCAAGAUUGACAUCAAAUUACAUCCGGAGCUCUAUCGGCUUCUGGAAGAUGAUGAAACACUGGAGCAAUUCUUGAGGUUGCCUCCAGAGCAAAUUUUACUGCGAUGGUUCAACUAUCAUCUCAAGAAUGCCAAAUGGGACAAGAGAGUAUCGAACUUUUCGGGUGACGUGAAAGAAGGCGAUAAUUAUACGGUACUCCUCAAUCAGCUCGCCCCAGAAACUUGCUCCCGACAACCUCUGCAGACACACGACCUCCUCAAUCGAGCAGAGCAAGUACUUCAGAACGCUGAGAAGCUGGACUGCCGCAAAUUCCUUACUCCCACAUCUCUCGUCGCCGGAAAUCCUAAGCUCAACCUCGCUUUCGUUGCCAACCUCUUUAACACCCACCCUGGCCUAGACCCGAUCACGGAAGAGGAGAAGGCACAAGUUGAUGAUUUCGACGCUGAAGGGGAACGCGAAGCACGCGUCUUCACUCUAUGGCUGAAUAGUCUUGACGUCCAACCAAACGUACAAAGCUUUUACGAUGACCUGCGUGACGGGUGGGUUCUGCUUCAAGCCUACGAUAAAGUAGUCAAGGGUUCGGUCAAUUGGAAACACGUGAAUAAGCCUCCGCCAUCUGGAGGGCAAAUUAUGCGGUUCAAAGCAAUGGAGAACACCAACUACGCGAUCGAGCUGGGCAAGCAGAUGAGAUUCUCGCUUGUAGGUGUUCAGGGGGCCGACAUCACGGAUGGCCAGCGGACGCUCACACUUGGCCUCGUCUGGCAGCUCAUGCGACGAGACAUCAGCGAAACACUUUCAGCGCUCGCCCAUCGUCUCGGCAAAAGCGAAAUAUCAGACAACGAGAUGAUUAAAUGGGCAAACGACAAGGCACGAGCCGGUGGAAAGAGCUCCAGCAUUCGUAGCUUCAAGGAUCAAGCGAUUGGAAGCGGCGUAUUUUUGCUAGAUGUUCUCAAUGGCAUGAAGAGCAGCUAUGUUGACUACGACUUGGUCACGUCUGGACGCUCCGAGGAAGAGUCAUACAUGAAUGCGAAACUGGCCAUUUCGAUUGCGAGGAAGAUGGGAGCGACGAUUUGGCUUGUUCCGGAGGAUAUUUGUCAGGUCAGGACGAGACUGGUUGUGACAUUCAUUGGUUCUUUGAUGGCAACAGCUGAGAAGAUGUGA